AGAGAGAAAAAAAAGAAAGCUUAUCGCCAAUUGUUGCCUGGCGGGAACGUACAGGCGCAUGCAGGAUAGGACGUAGUGCAAGAAUUUCACACGUGAAUCUGGAUGUUUAACGAAGGAAAUCAUCUCGAUACGCUUGAUACAGCUUGAUAAAACGUUUUUCUAUUUUGUUCAUUAACGACGUUCAAUGUGAUUAGAGAAAUUAACAUUAGCAACCUCGAAAUUCCGAUCGGAAUAUGACGAAAAUUUAUAUUCAGUUGCAAUGAUAAAAUUUAAACGCUAAUUGCGUUUGUCACUUCUUGUUUAAAUACAUCAAGGAUUAACAUUACAACAGCUCGAAAGAUGGAAAGUACUGUGAAUGGUCGAAAGAAGAAAGCCACGGAGAAGCCCGAUAAUGAGCAGGCUAAACGUGUCAAACAUACUGAGAAUAACAAUAUCCCUGUGGAGCAUACAGCUGGAAAGGUGAAGAGCAUUCGUGUUCGUAACUUCAUGUGUCAUGAAGCCUUGGAGAUAGUACUAAAUGAGAAUGUUAACUUUAUUGUGGGACGUAAUGGCAGUGGCAAAAGUGCCAUAUUAACAGCAUUGACUGUUGGACUUGGCGCAAGAGCAAAUGUUACAAGUAGAGGAACCUCUGUCAAAGAAUUUAUAAAGAAAGGCAAGAACUCAGCUAUUAUUGAAAUUACAUUAAUUAAUAAAGGAGAUACUGCAUUUAAACAUGAUAUUUAUGGCGAUACAAUAACAGUUCAACGUACUAUUGGAAAUACCUCAUCAUAUAAGAUUAAAAACUGGAGAGGCGAUAUCAUUUCUACAAAACGGGAUGAAUUAGACAAUAUUAUAGAAACAAUGAACAUACAAAUCGAUAAUCCAAUUUCUGUUUUAAAUCAGGAUGUUUCAAGAACAUUCUUAGUUUCUUCUAAGGCUGAUGAAAAGUAUAAUUUAUUUAUGAAAGCUACUCUUUUAGACACUAUCAAAAAUAAUUACGAAGAAGCUUUAGAAAUUUGCGAAGGCGAAUAUGACAAAUUAAAGGUACACUCUGAAGCCUUGUUGCAAGUAAAAACAGAGAUACAGAAAUUGAAGGAAAAUAUACAUAGAGUAGAAGAAAUAGACGAAUCACGAACGGAACUAAAUAAUCUUGAAAUGGAGCUUCAGUGGGCUACAGCUAUUGUGGAGGAAUCUAAACUUAAUAAAAUACAGGAAACUUUAAAAAUGUAUGAAAAUAAUCUGAAAGAACUUCAGAAUGUGGAAUUAUCUAUAUCAACAAAAGAUGAAGAAAUUGAUGCAAAAAUCAAAGAAGUAAAACAAGAAAUUCAAAAAGCAGAACAAGAAGUAAUAGACAGUAGUGAAGCAUACAAUAGUGCAAAGGAAAAAUAUACUGCCGCGAGUGAAGCGCACUCUAAUAAACAACGCGAAUGGUAUUCUGUAACAGCUAAUAAAAAACGAUUAGAAAAUGAUAUUAAUCUGUUGAAAAAGGAAGUUCAAAAGUUAGAAAGCUGUAACAGUGAAGAACAUAAUAAGAGAAGAGAAAUGACAGAGCGUCUAUCAAAAUUUCAAGAGAAAUUGGAUGAAUUGGAAGCUUCAUUACGUACAAAGCAAACCGAAUUAAUGCAUUUAGAAGCUGAUAAAGUGCGACUUUUACAAGAAGUACAGUCUUCUAAAAUUGAAGUAGAAAAUUUCGAUAGACACAUAAAUAAGAUCAAGAAAGACUUAAGUGCAUUUGAACAACAAUCUGAUAAUGCAUUAAGUGUGUUUGGGCCAAACAUACCACGUUUGUUAAGAAGAAUUGACGAAGAAUAUAAGAAGAAACGAUUCAAAGAGAAACCACGUGGUCCUAUUGGUGCUUAUAUAAAAGUGAAGGAUGCAUCUUGGACACCAGCAAUAGAAAGUUAUCUAAAUUCUCGUAUGCUUAGCUCGUUUUGUGUGGAUAACACUCAAGAUGCUAAAUUAUUGAAUAGUAUCAUGAAGGAAAUUUUCUAUAAUCAGAAUAUUCCUCAAAUUAUAUGUAGCAAGUUUUUUAACCAGGUACAUGAUGUUAGACGACACUGUACGCAGUCAUCACAAUAUUCUAAUCUUUUUGAAGCAAUGGUUAUAGAAGAUCCUAUUGUGGCUAACUGUUUGAUCGAUCAGUGCCAGAUUGAGUGCGUACUUCUUAUACCGACAAACAGCGAAGCCUGUGAGAUAAUGUCGGAUGCUACAAAAGUGCCAAAGAAUUGCAAAAGAGCUUUUACCAAAGGAAGUGACUUAUUCUAUCCUGAUCCAAAUUAUAGGACUUAUGGUGGAAAAUGUGGUACACGUGCUAAGUUUCUGCAAGUUUCUACUAUGGAAGCGAUGCAAACACUGAGAGAAGAACUUCAGGUAAUAGAAAAUAAAAAGCGAGAAGCUGUUGCAGCAUAUAAUGCUGUAAAUGAAAAAGUAAAGCGCACUAUUUCCGAGUUAAAUAAUGUAAGUGUAACGGUUCGCAAGCUAAGAACCACGCAAGGUGAAUGUAUUGAUUUGAUCAAUGAAUUGAAAGAUAAAAUCGACUCAAAUGAAGCUACAUCUGCUGAUGUUUUUCGAAACGAAGCUGCUGAAUUGGAGAAAAAAUUAGUAUUAGAAAGUAAUACAGAAAAGCUGUUAGCUGAAAACGUGCAAGAACUUCAGAAAAAUGUAAAAUCUCUUCAUGCAGAAGUCAAGCAUUUUAGAGACUUAAGAGACAAUUUACACACAGUGAUUGAUCCUCUCAAUGAUAAAAUAAAGGAGUUUAAGCAGAAAAAGGAAAGACAUCGACUUGAGUGUCUGCGCGCUACUCGAAAAUUACCAGAAAUUCGUCAAGCUGUACAAUGUGCAACGGGAGAAUUUGAAAUACAAGAAAGAGCUACAAAGAAAGCAAUUUCUAAUGCCACUGCAAAAUGUGCCAGAAUAAAUACGACAAGAUCAGUAAAUGAAAUCAAAGCUAUAUUGUCUGAUUUACGGGACAAAAUUCGCGAAGUAGAACAUCAAUUUGGCACUGUGGAUGAUUUGCGCCAACAAUUGAAAGAAAAUGAACAGAAAUAUGGAGCAAACAUCGAAUUUGCAUCUCAAUUAAAACAAAGUUGGGAAAAACAUAUGAAUCGAGUGAAACAUCGACAGAAUAUAUUUAUGAAGUUGAGAGAUUUGUACAGUACUCUUAUACAAAAAUCUUUCACUGACAUGCUUUCUCUAAGACAAUAUAAGGGCACUAUAGUCAUUGAUCAUGAAAAUAAAAUACUUGAUUUGAAAGUGAGUGCACGGGACGAUAAAAAAGCCAAUAACGAUACUAGAUCGCUCUCGGGAGGCGAACGAUCUUACUCGACUGUCGCGUUUAUUUUGGCUUUAUGGGAAUGCAUUCAAUUACCAUUCUAUUUUCUUGAUGAAUUCGAUGUAUUCAUGGACAAAGUAAAUCGGCGGGUGAUAAUGGACAUUCUUUUAGAUCACACUAGAUCACAUCCAGAGAGUCAAUUUGUUUUUCUCACACCUCUAGAUACGUCGCACAUUAUUUCCGACGAUUACAUAACAAUUCAUCAGCUACAACCACCAGAAAGGAGAGGUCUGAGUCAAUAAAUACUUUAAUAUUACUUUUUUCUUGUUCAAUAUUUCUUGUCGAUUGUAUGAGAUAAGAAAAGGUAUUUAUUUUUUGCUCAAGAAAAAUAUGAAAUUUGUUACCUAG